AUGUCCAAAUCAAUCAUCAUGAUAGCCGCCCUGGGAGCAGGAGGCGGCGCAGCUCUCACGGCAGCCGCGUAUUCCCUCCGAGGAGACUCCAAGACCAAGACCAGCAUUCCCGCCUCCGCGACGACCCCAGAUCCAACCAUGACCGCAUCCUCACCCUCGGCCGUCCUGGCCAAGACGAACAACAGCAGCAGCAGCAGCAACCCGGUCGACCCCUCAGGCCUCUUCCAGUACGGCUUUCCAGGACCGGUGGCCGACCUGGCCACCCGCAGCGCCCUGGUGUCGUCGUACGACCGGCGCACGCGAAACCCGCACUGGGUGGCCGAGCACAUGACGGCCGAGUCCCUCUCGCGGCGGGAGGGCGACCGCAAGGGCAGCGUCUUCGUCGAGGACGAGUCCGUGCCCGCCAGCUACCGCGCCCUGCUGAAGGACUACUUCCGCAGCGGCUACGACCGCGGUCACCAGGUGCCCGCCGCCGACUGCAAGUGGUCCCAGUCGGCCAUGGACGAGACCUUCUACCUGACCAACAUAUGCCCCCAGGUCGGCGAGGGCUUCAACCGCGACUACUGGGCCCACUUUGAGGACUUCUGCCGCCGCCUCACGGACCGGUACGCCUCGGUGCGCGUCGUCACCGGCCCGCUCUACCUGCCCCGUCGCGACCCCGCGGACAACAAGUGGUACGUCAAGUACGAGGUCAUCGGCUCGCCCCCCUCGGUCGCCGUCCCGACCCACUUCUACAAGGUCAUCUUCGCCGAGGGUGCCAGGCCCGGCGACCCCGUCGCCCUCGGGGCCUUCGUCCUCCCCAAUGCCCCCAUCGAUAAUGCCAAGCCCAUCACCGACUUCGAGGUGCCCCUCGAGGCUGUCGAGCGCGCUUCCGGCCUCGAGUUCGCCUCAAAGCUGCCCCCCCAGAGGAGGAAGCGCCUCUGCGCUGACACUACCUGCUCUCUCAUCAUUCGCGACUACGCUGAUAGGCAGAAGGCCUUUGCCAAGGGCGGGAAUGAUAAACGUGUCAUCGCCCCAUCCCCCAAGGCAUAG